CAAUACAUAUCCAGUGCAUUGAACCGUCUCUCUUCUUUGUGAUUCAUAAAUUUUCACUCUCUUUCUCUCUCAUCAAUUCCCAGUUGAAGGAUUGCAUUUAGAGAGAUUUCACCUUUGAGGAGCAGAUUCAAUUUGCGGUUGAUCAGACAACCUCAAUUUCAAGAUUCAAUUCCCAGAUUGAUAAGAAGGAAAAAGCAGAAUGAAAGCAGGAUCUGGUAAAGGGAGAAAAGUGUGCGUGACGGUGACAGGUGUUGUGAUUGCAAUUGUAUUACUGAUAGUGAUACUAGCAUUGACAGUGUUCAAAGCUAAGCAUCCCGUUAACACAGUGGACUCGGUGAAACUAGAUGACUUGCACGUGAGCUUGGAUAUAGCAAAACUAAGUGUAGAUUUAAACGUGACCCUGGACGUGGAUCUCUCAGUGAAGAACCCGAAUAAGGUGGGAUUCAAGUACUCAGACAGCACUGCCGAACUUAAUUACAGAGGGCAGCUGAUAGGGGAAGUCCCUCUUUCUGCCGGAGAGAUUUCUGCCGGCGAGACCAAGGGAUUCAACCUCACCCUCACCAUCAUGGCCAACCGUUUGCUCUCCAAUUCCCAGCUUUACUCUGAUAUCACAUCUGGUACAUUGCCUCUCAACACUUUUGUGAGACUUUCUGGCAAAGUCAGCAUCUUAGGCUUUAUCAAAGUCCAUGUGGUUACCUCCACAUCUUGUGAUAUUGCUGUUAAUAUUUCCAAUAGAACGGUUGGGAACCAAGAGUGCCAAUACAAGACAAAACUUUGAUUAUUCAUUUUCAGUUUAGGAGUGAACCUAAAGUCUAGAGUAAUAGACUAUAUAAGUAUUAUUUUAAUUUUUAAUUAAUGUGCUCAUAAUUCACUUUGUUUCAUUUGCAAUUGCGAUUUGUAUCCCCCUCUCCUCUCUCUCUUGCUGCUGCUGGGAAUUUAUUUGUUAUUAUCAUCUGCAUUUUCAUUACU